AUAACCCCUCCUCCUUGCGUGACCAAUUUCAAGACGAAUCACCACGCAUAAAGUCCGAGAACUCCUCCUGUGUUUAUCGAUAUUUCUCCGGAUCAGGUACACGUAGGAACUCUCCGAUUUCUGCCCGAAGCGGCGUCGAAACCCGAGAACAGCAGGUUUUUGGUCUCAGAUCCAAGCAGCAUGCUGGGCACCUUGUGCACCCUAUUGCUCUUGACCAGUUCAGUCGUGGCUCAGGUGUAUCCAAGCGGCUCCGCAACGCCCCAGUCGGGACAGCAGCGCUGCGCCGCUUGUCAGAUGGAGCCCAACGCGGACCUCGGCGCCGGCUGCCCGCGUAUUACCGGCCUCGUGCUUCUCUCCCAGACCCACCCGAGCGGCAAACUCAAAGCGGCUUUCGACUUGCAGGGAUUCGCGCAGUCCGACUCGCAGUCCCUGCGCGCCAUACACGUCCACCAGUACGGAGUGGUGAACUGUAGCUGUUCCGCUACCGGGCCGCAUUACAAUCCUCGAAAUGUCAACCACCCACUGCACCCCGGUGACUUCCACAACUUCAAGGUGAAGCGCGGCAGGAUCGUGAAGGUUUUGAGCAACCUCAAAGCCAAACUGUUCGGAGCGGAGUCGAUCCUCGGCCGUGGGCUGGUGCUCCACGAGGGAAAAGAUGAUAUGGGGCGCGGCGGCAACCAGGAAAGUUUGAGUUCUGGGAACGCUGGCCGAAGGCUGGCGUGUUGCACCAUCACACUCAGCAACUGUGACUUCUGAAAUCUAAUGGAGGCAGAGCGUGAAGCCCGGGUCUUCACUACCAACAGACAGAUUGUGGCAAUUUAACCUGUUACCUUCUCUCUCUUCAGGAAAUUAAAGUUUAGAAGAUAGUGCUCACCACACACACACACACACACACACACACACACACACACCAA